AGGUUGGCUCAAAGGGAGGUUGGCCCAUAGGUGGAAGACUGGGUUAAAAGUCCCCUCUUUGAAAUGGCAGGCAAGGUGACGAAGAAGACCACAAAGAAGGGGAGCAAGCAGCCUGUGCGGCUCUAUGCCAAAGGCGUGAUCCUGGGCUACAAGCGCAGCAAGUCCAACUGCUACGCCAAUUGCACUCUGUUGAAGAUUGAUGGUGUCCGCACCAAGGACGACACAAAGUUCUACGUUGGCAAGAGGGUCGCAUACGUCUACAAGGCCAAGAAGGAGAUCCAGAACUCCAAGUUCCGUGUGAUGUGGGGCAAGAUUCGUCGUUCGCAUGGCAACUCCGGUGUGGUGCGAGCCAAGUUCAACAAGAACAUUCCUCCCAAGGCCUUCGGUGCUGCUUGCCGAGUAAUGCUUUACCCAAGCUCCAUCUGAGGGCAAAGCUGCGGGAUAAAGUCAUUCAGCCUCUGUUUGAGCAAGUGCAGAA